AAAGAAGGAUAGCAUCGGAUCCCUCAUCACAACUGGCUCAUCAUUUUUUGAUUUACUUCAAGUACUUGCCUACGCAGUCUUUAUUAUGUUUACACCGUCAAUCUAUCAGUUUGUCACGACACAAAAUAACUCCUCCGAGGAAUUGGAGGUAAUAUUUUUGAUACUAAGCAGCAGGAAGAAGUAAAUUCAUUUCCUCCUGAUGCAGAUGGUGAGCAUACACUGUAUAUACUAUACUGUACACUUCCUUCACAUAUUUCAAGUUGGUCAAGUGAGUGUGAAAAGAUAAUUUAUAUGCCAGUAUGUAUAGUGGUAUUGGAGGUAACUAGUGUAUGCAUACAUCGUUCUUUCCACUUCCCAGAAUUACAGCUGCUUCAAAUGAUCCAUUCUUUGGAGCUUGCUGAGCUUUUGCUUGCCCCUCGAGCAAAAUAUCACUUAUGCAUCGUUUCUCUAAUGAGCCUUGAUGAGGCUGUGAAGAAAAUCACUGAAAACCACGUUUACAUCGCUGUGGUUACUUCCGAUUCAUCAAUACAAGUUCACUUAACAGCAGAGAGAUGCCUGUUUGGAAAGGCAAAGAGUCCAAUAAAUGCAAUAAGUUAG